AUGGCUAUUACAGGAAGAGAUAUAGAUCGAAUCAAAGGUCCACGGAGCCCCGAGGAAGACGACAAGCUCCAGCGCCUCGUCGAGAAGCACGGCCCGCGGAACUGGUCGCUAAUCAGUAAGUCGAUCCCCGGGUGUUCGGGGAAAUCCUGCCGACUCCGGUGGUGCAAUCAGCUCUCGCCGCAGGUCGAGCACCGCGCCUUCACGGCGGAGGAGGACGAGACGAUAGUAUCAAAAGCAUAUAUUUUUUGUUUUUGUUUUAUGAUGUAUCAAAAGCAUCCUAAUGUUGAACAUAAGUCUCGUGAAGCAAAACAGAAACACCACAAAGUGAGCCAUAAAUAUUUUUAA